UUCCUAGGUUUUAUGAAUCCAAGAAGAAACCAGAGAUAAUACACAGUUCAGCAGCAACUUAAAGUGAUGGGUAUCAACAUUCUGAGAAAUUUGGCACUAUUUGCUAUCUAUACCUUCUUGUUCUUCUCAGGUUCAAGUUUAGCAUGGAAAUCACGUAUACAAGAAGAACAUCAAGAAAACAUACCUUUGAAGAAUGAAGAAGACAGAACAAUCUUCUCUCCUCUACAUUUCACUCAGUUGGUUGACUCUACCAUUGUUAAUCCAACAACAACGCCAGGACAGUCUGUACCAAACUCAGUAGAACCCAAUCUGAAACCCACAACAGGGCCAGGGAGAUCUGGUGGAGGUUCAUGGUGUAUUGCAAGCUCUGCAGCUUCUCCAACAGCUCUGCAGGUGGCUCUUGACUAUGCCUGUGGCUAUGGCAGUACAGACUGUUCGGCGAUUCAGCCGGGUGGUAGCUCCUAUGAGCUGACACAGUGA